AAAGUUGGUGAAUCUAAAUUGCAUGCCGUCCAAUCAUGCACAAGUUGUGGACGUGUAUGGCAACGGGAUCAUAACGCUGCUCGUAACAUACAUUCUCUGGCUAUGAACUUUAUCAAAAGUGGAUCUCGACCUUCGGUGUUCUCUCGAUUGCAACAAUAAUCCGGAUAACAAACAUCCGCGACGGUUAAACGCUUGCGUUUAGUCCAUAUUAAUCAUGUUACCUAUUAAAUCCAAAAAACCACUCACCUUGGUAUUUCCUUUGGAUAAAUCGAAAAAUAAGAUUUUACUUGGAUUUAAGAAACGCGGUUUUGGCAUGAAUAAGUUCAAUGGGUUUGGAGGGAAAUUGGAAGCUGGUGAAACUGUAUUGCAAGCUGCGCAUCGUGAAUUGACAGAAGAAUCCAUGAUUAAAGCUCAAGAUAUGAAAAAGAUAGGUAUCAACUUUUUUACUUUUGAAGAUGAUCCUGUAGGUCUUGAAGUUCACGUUUAUUUUGUAACUGAUUAUCUUGGUACUCCAACUGAAACGGAAGAAAUGCGUCCUGAAUGGUUUGAUUAUGAUACAAUCCCUUAUCCAAAAAUGUGGACAGAUGAUAAACAAUGGUUACCAAUUGCUUUAGAAGGAAAUUAUUUUUUGGGUGAAUUUCAUUUUGCAAAGGAUCAAACUACCAUUUUAUCACAAAAUCUUAGCGUAGUGACAGAUCCUCCUAUAGAAUUUAAUCUUGAUCAACGAACUUUAUAAAAUAAAAAUACAAUAUAAUAGUUAGUAUGUAAUAUUGGGGUUAAUGUCCUUUUUGGGGAUGGUUCAGUCAAGUUGAAAUAUUUUUGUUU